GGGAGGAGAAGGGAGGCGUGUGCUGUCUGCAGAUCUGUUGUCACUUUUACUCCACCCCAGAGUCUCAGCCGUUCGGAUUCACUAUAGCUGCCGGAGAGGAGGCGAUGCGAAAGAGCCGGGUCCUGUUUCUAUAGCGGGAGGCUUUAGUAGAAUAGUGGGAGCAGGGGAGAUAGCGGGGGAGGGGAUGAAGAAUAAAUCGGGCGAAAGGGUGAAUGGCCUGUUCCUUUUGCAAGUAGAUAUUAUGAAGAGUAGAAUUGAAAGGGAUUUUGAAUGAUUGGUUCCCUGCACACACAGCUAGAACCAGACAGAGCGCUGGAAGAAAUCGCCUUAGACUGUCAACUUGAUGCACAACCUUCAGCGAAAAAGGCAAUCUGCAGCCUCUUUUAAACACAAGAUUUUUAACAAGCAGCACUUGCAGAGAGGAGGACAAAGAUUUCAACUGACGCAGGCGCCAAGCCCACUACGCGAAGUAUUGGAUUUAUAAUCCAUAGACAUAGGUUGAAAAGAAGCAGCGUAAAAUGGGCACCGUUUUGUCUCUGUCUCCCAGCUCGCGAAGAUCGAGUUUAUUUGAGGAUGGUACCGAUUCCAAGUCUUUGAGUCACUACCACGCCAUUCAAAGUGCCAAAAACAAUGGUCAGAAGGACAAGAACCUGAAGCGUCACUCCAUGUUUAUCCCUGCCUUGACUUGGAAGCGCCUGGUAGCCUCAACCAAGAAGAAAAGCUCCAGGAAAUCCAACCCGAGUAACUACCACCACCAGAAUGACGUGGUGCACCUCAACAGUGAAAACGUGAAGAAGUCUCUUUCCUGUGCCAAUCUUUCCAGCUAUGAACUCCAGGUACCCAGUGACCCUUUGAGCACCAAACAACUCUCUUCCAUCAAGAAGGUCUCAUCUCAUAACAGUGGAGCAGGAUCGCCCAAACGUGUUAUAGUCCAGGCAUCCACCAGUGAGUUGUUGAAGUGUCUGGGAGAGUUCCUCUGCCGGCGGUGCUACAGGGUCAAACACUUGUCCCCGACUGAUCCUGUUCUUUGGUUGCGCAGUGUUGACCGCUCCCUAUUGCUUCAAGGCUGGCAGGACCAGGCAUUUGUCACGCCAGCCAAUGUGGUCUUUGUCUACUUGCUUUGUAGAGAUGUCAUCGAUGGGGACCAGGUGGCCACAGAGCAUGACUUGCAAGCCACCCUCUUGACCUGCCUGUAUCUGUCCUACUCCUACAUGGGCAAUGAGAUCUCCUACCCGCUGAAACCUUUUUUGGUAGAGACUGCCAAGGAUGCUUUUUGGGACCGGUGCCUUCGUAUUAUUAACACCAUGAGUACCAAAAUGCUGCAGAUCAAUGCUGAUCCUCACUAUUUCACACAGGUCUUUGCGGAUUUGAAAAAUGAAGGAAAUCAAGAUGACUUUAGCAGGAUUUCUGUUACUUUAGAUCGGUGACUGAUGGAGGAAAAAAGGCCUCCGUACGAGAUCUGCCAGAGAGUUGCUGGUAUCGUUAAAUAAUUUAGAGUGUCCCUCCUACUGGUUUGCAUAGGAAGCUUCUGUGAUCUGUUAACGGUUGACAUUGAAAAUGUUAGACCUUUUUGCUUUUAUCAUUGUUUGUGAAAGGGAAAAUGAUUUUCAUUUUCCUUUUUGUAUCGUAAGAAAAGAGAUGAAGUACAAAGGAUUAAAAUGGGUAUCUGUGCAAUGCUUUUCAAACUUUAGUAUGGGGACCUAAUGUAAAUAUUUGCCUAGGCAUUCUGUGGAUCUGCCCCUUUCAAGGGUUGAUGAUUGUUGGCAUGGCCGAUCCCUGUUUUCUAAAAUAAGAUCAAAUGGAAACAUUAAAAUGAUUGUACAUCAUUAAAUGCAAUUUUUACAUAAUGGAAAUAGCAUAACAAGGCACCCAAUACAGAAAAUUUACAUAACUGGAUUCACUAGAGACUUAAGAAGCUUGAGGGAAAACUAUAAUAUUUUGGUAAUGGCAGUCUCUCUUUAAACAGCCCUACUCAGUAUUUAUAUUUUUUAGAAAAUUGGCACAUCACACUUUUCUGAAAAUCUUUAAAAUGGAAAGCUGCUAUUUUAUAGUGAGUAUAAUCUCUCAGUACUUAAUGAGGUCAUGGGCUGGCAGAUGUAAUAUUUUAUCCAUCCUUUUGCACCUUCAGCCUUUGUGGAUUUGGAUCAAUUUUCCUGUUUUCUCCUUCACCCUUGUACAGACCCACACAUGCACACCCAAUCUUCCCAAACCAACUGAAUCAGUGAAUCUGUUAGCAGUGAAUCUCAGAUAGACCUCUACCUAUUCUGUAACCUGGGGAGGAGCAAUACAGUUUCUUAUCAAAUGUAUGCAAAGUGAAAUCACUUCUUAUGAUCAUCACUUACAGAAUCCAAAGCAUUUAACCACAUGACAUCCCACUUCCAAUCCCUCCAGCCAGCCAAAGAUCCUCGUUUCCCUCCUGUCUCCAUUUUAUUUUAAUAACUUGAUGGAGAGUAAAUGCAUUUUAAAUGCUCCAAUGGUUUUUCUUCCAUGUUGCUGUAAAAUGUCAGGAGAUUUAAUCCUUAAUGCUUGAGCAUUCAGCACAAACCUGAAAGGUUGGCAAUCCAAAAUGCUAACACCAGCUUUGGGUAAGGAAGAUGAGGGAUGGGGAUCUCAUCAGAGCCAAAAACUGGGAGCUUGUAAAUAGCUUGAUUGCCUGUUUUGAUUAUGGUGGGAAAAUCCCUCCUACUAUUAAAAGAUUGAAGUGACAUGCUUCUGAAACAUUGAAUGGUACAUUCUAGUUAUAUCACUUGUCUAGUUUACAAAAAAAAAAGUCUGCAUGAAGUUGCUUAUGGGUUUUAAUUUUUUUGGCCCACUGCACUGGUAUUUUUUAAUUCAAAGUUAGCAGAACUCCUGUGGAAUUACUCAGGAGUAGUCCAGAGUUUCUGAUAUUUAGCUGGUAUAAUACAUUUAACUAAGCCUGACCAUUCUUUUAAAGCCAAUGUUCACAUAAAUCCUGUGGAGAAAUAGGUAUCUCCAAGUCAUCAUAGCUGUUUAAGUUUUUGGCUCUUGUUCAAGAGAACCCAGUAUCAGCUUUGAGGCAGUCGGCUUUCCUUUCUCUUUGUGAUUCAAAUGUAGCUAAAUAAGAUGGAUGCAUGUUAGAUAGAAAAGUCUCCUCUAGUUUAAAGAUAGCUGGAUCCUCCCUAUGCUUGCUUCCAACCAGAGAUUUACAGCCUUUAUCUGGAGGGUUUGGGAAUAGGUAAUUGGAACAUCUUGGGGAUUGCAAUUAAGAUGUUCAUGCAUGAAAAAUAAAAGGGAAGCUACCUUUUGAAAGUUAAUAACAUCACAGGAAAUCUUCUAUGGCCCUUUGACCUUCCAAGAGAUGUCACUUAGGCCAAUGCUGCUAAUAAAUUUUGGAAUAUCCUAUGUAAAUAUGAUGCUACUGUGAAUGUGAGCAUUUGUAUUGGAGAUUUUUUUAUUUAAAUUGUUGUCAAUGUAAACUAACUUAAUCACCUUUCUCAAAUCUCUUUUGCCAGUAUUUGAGAAUAGGUUAUAUUUGUCAGUGUUAUUUAAUUACUUUCUUCUCUACUGUGAGUUGGUAAUGUUGCAUGAACAGUUUUGAAUUUUGAGACCUUCCACCUUGAAUGUGUUUGCUCAGAUUGACUGCCAGGAGAUGUAUUUUUGUUUUAAAACUUGCUCCUUUGCUUAAAUUAUUGCUUCAUUUCUGAAAAGUUAUGUUUAGAAUAUGUGUUCAAGAUGGUUGGAGCUUGUAAACCAAAAAAAAUGCAUAUGUCAAUCUUGUUUGUUUACUUUCUGAUUCUUUAAAUAACCAGGUUGGCUGGAAUUAAAAGAAGAAAUUCAUAUGCUGAGAUUCUGAAAUAAAAACAGGAAGUUCAAAGCAAA